AUGGCGACAACAAUCAUCCCCGCGCGGGCCAUCAUCCCGUUCUUGGUGGCCAUGAUGCUAUUCACGGGCGUCUGCAACACGCUCCUGACCAAGUAUCAGGACAACCUCUGCGUCCGCGACUGCGACCAUCCCGACCCCAAGAAGCGCAAGCACUUCGAGCAGCCCGUGAUCCAGACCCUCCAAAUGUUCGUCGGCGAGAUGGGGUGCUGGCUGGUAGUCGGCCUGAUCUCACUCUACCGUCGCUACCUCAAGCCCACCACCACGGCCGCCUCAGCCAGCUACCAGCCCAUCGCGACCAUCGACAACGACGACACCACCGGCCGCCCGCGCGAUGCCGACGACAACGCCAGCAUCCGCUCGACCACGCCGCUCAACCCCUCCCCCAACGACGGCAGCAACGACAACAUCAACGACUGCGGCGUGCCCAAGCCGCACGACUGCCCCUCCGUCCUCCACGGCUGGCGCGUGACCCUGCUGGCCCUCCCCGCCAUCUGCGACAUCCUGGGCACGACCCUCAUGAACGCGGGCCUGCUGCUGGUGGCGGCCUCCAUCUACCAGAUGACGCGCGGCGCGCUGGUGCUCUUCGUCGGCGUGUUCAGCGUCGUCUUCCUGCGCCGCCACCUGCACCUGUUCCAGUGGCUGUCGCUGGUGGGCGUGAUGCUGGGCGUGGGCAUUGUCGGGCUCGCGGGCGCCAUCCAGCCGGAUAAGAAGCAUGCCGAUGUGGGGCUUGAACCCGAGGGGGUCAAUGCCGAUGCCGUGCGGGUGAUUGUGGGUGUGUUGAUGAUUGCGGGCGCGCAGAUCUUCACGGCGACGCAGUUUGUGUUGGAGGAGUGGAUCCUCGAGAGGUCGGCCAUCGAGCCGCUGCGUGUGGUGGGCUGGGAGGGUGUGUUUGGCUUCAGCGUGACGCUGCUGAGCAUGGUGGUGCUGCACGCGGCGGUGGGCAGGACCGAGGCGGGCCGGCUGGGGCCGUUUGAUAUGGUGGAGGGGUGGCGGCAGUUCUGGGAGAACAAGGGCGUGUUUGUGUCGAGCGUCAUGAUCAUGAUCAGCAUCGGCGGCUUCAACUUCUUCGGCCUGUCAGUCACGCGCAGCGUCAGCGCCACGGCGCGCUCCACCAUCGACACGUGCCGCACCCUCUUCAUCUGGAUGGUCUCGCUCGGCCUCGGCUGGGAGACGUUCAAGUGGCUGCAGGUGCUCGGCUUCGCCCUGCUCGUCUACUUCACCUUCCUCUUCAACGGCGUCGUCCAGCCCCCCUUCGCCUUCCUCCGCGUCCGCGAGGUCGAGGAGCUGUUGCCCGAGGAGCCCAUCGAGCAUAACUAG